AAUAGACACGGUAAUCGCCAUCAAGGAAAUUGUCCGGUAAACACUGUUAUGAGAUCACAAACAAAUGGGUGUUUUAUUCAUUUCCACAUAGCAUUAGUUUCUACUUGUUCUAUAGUGAGCUGCUGUGCAUUUCAGAAUGGCGCCUGAGAGGAUACUACUACUACCCAUCUAUACAUUGGUCUUCACCCAGAUUAACUCGGCUACAGCAGCCUGUUUUGAAAAACCAGAAGUAAGGUAUGCUCUUCUCGGCGAAGCAGGAAUCUUUGUUGUCAUCAUCGUCAUCUACUUUUUGGUCAAGCGUUGCAAAAAGAAGAAAGCAAAGAGAGCUUCACCGAAAGAAAGGGUUGCCAUAUAUCGCCCAAUGCCCCCGAAGCUUGAGGGCACCAAGAACGGUUAUUCAGCUGCUGACGUUGAAUUUGUAAAUAGAGAUCGUCAAACAAAUGUCAAACAACCCCAGCAUGGUGAUGGCGUUAAUGAAGGUGAUUAUGACGUGUUGUGGAAGUGGAAUCCAAAGCGGUUUAAGGUGGCGGAGACCCAAGGCGUGUACAGUCAUCUGGUGAUGACAAGCGGGAUGAAUGAGUGCCCGGACCCAGACCAGUAUGACACGACGAGGCGGGUGUUGGCGGAACGACGGGCCAGGCCUGAGGAAGACUUGUAUAACAAGAUGGCCAUACCUAAUGUGUAGAUACCAGCUAUGAAAGCUCACCUGGUCAUCAUCCAUCGUCAGUAAUCCCCGUGUUUGAAUACGUGCGGUUGCUUUGCUAUUCUUAAGUAACGAUUCCAGCGACGGGGAAACCUGCAGGUUCUGAUGACAUGGGCAGCACUUCUCGUGAACCAUGUGCCGCAGCACCCAUUACAUCCCAUUACGGGUCAGCCAUUGUUCAGUUUCAGACAAAGCUCGAACUCGCACAAGCUUCACGCACGGCUAAAAUGACUUCCGUGAGUUAUACAUAGAACACGUCCCAUUUUAAUUCUGGAAACCCAAAAGUCCAGAAACUCUACGGUCUUUGCCCAGUCUCGGUUAAAGGUAUUUACA